GUUAUCUGUCAGUGUCAUACGUCAACAUCAGCUGUGUUGGGCAACCCGGCCAUACGACCGCAUUUUCAUUAAAAAUCUAAGAUUUAGCAUACAAUUAACCCGUAUUUAGAGGUGAAAUGGAAAACUAUUUCAAGGGAAAAAAUGUUGAAGAAGAAUUGCAACGUGAUAGUAUACCAUUAAAAGAUUUACCUGUAAAUUUUCUAUGGAUGCAAGUAAAAGGAGGAAGUAAAAUUACCAAUUUACUAUCUCACGCUACGGGUAUUUUAGAAGAUAAAGCGACUACUGCCGUUGUUUGGAGUGGUGCUGGAGUCGCUAUACCAAAAGCGAUAUCAUGUGCAGAAAUCUUAAAACGACAGUUCAGUAUACAACAUCAAGUGACCAAACUGACACACAAAAAAGUUGAAGAGUAUUGGGAGCCAAAACUGGAUGGACUUGAGACUAUUGUAGUCAAAAGACAAAUUCCUGUUAUUCACAUUUUAUUGUCUGUUGACGCCAUUCCCGAUGUGAAUCAAAUUGGGUACCAAAAUUUGCAGCAGAAAAAGUUUUGGCAAAAAGACACUAGCAGCAAUUCAAAGCCUUCAUCAUCAAAUAAGUCAAAAAAGCCUUUUAAAUACAAGAAACCUCAAUAAAUUUGUAAAUCUUU